AUGGCUGCCUCUGCAAACCCCCAACCCCGUCUUCCUCCCAGAGCCUCAUCUACUUCCAGAUCUGCCUCCUCUACUCAUCCCAGGACCUCGCCUGCAUCCCAGCCUACCGCCUCUGUUCAUCCCCGGGCCUCGCCUACAUCCCAGCCUACCGCCUUUGUUCAUCCCCGGACCUCGCCUACAUCCCGGCCUACCGCCUCUGUUCAUAUCCAAUCAGCUGAUCCUUCCCGACCGACUUCUAGCCUGGGUCACGACCGUGGUCGAAGAUCAGCCAACGUGACUUAUGCCAGCCUUGCCUUCAGAGAGGCAUCUCAGACGGCUCAUCGGGCAUGUUCUACAAAUGACCACUCGAGUUGGGGUACACUUUCCUCUUCUCGACGUAGGGCUCGGCUACCUUUUGAGGAUUCUGACUCGGAUGAUCGGCCUUUGGUUCACAGACUUCGUCGCAGAGCCCCCAAUCCUAGCCAAGACUCGGGCCCUUCCGCUGUUCCUCAUCCUUCGCCUCGUGUUGCAACCACUACUCCUAUCCCGAGCCAGGCAGAUGCUCCUCCUAAUCCACCCAAGGUUCCGACCGAGCCUCCACUAGCUCAACCUUCAACCUUGCAACAGCACUAG